UUCCGCUUCUCAUUCUCCUUCUCCUUCUCCUUCUUCCCUCUCCCCCACACCCGCAGACCUCUCGCGCUCGCUAGGGUUUUCGGUACCCCCUUCCCCCCCGCGCUUCCUCCCGCGACUCCUCCUCGCCCGUGGCCUCCGGAGCCCUAGAGGAAAUCGAGCCAGAGAAGAGCAAUCUCCGAUUCGAUCCCUCCCAGAGCUCACCGUCCAUGGCGAUCAUCUCCGACUUCGAGGAGGAAGAGGAGAAGCAACCUGAGGCCAAGCCCUCGGCUACGUCCUCGGCCUCCUCCUCUGCCGCGGCGGAGUUCAGCGCGAGGUUCGAUCCGUCCAGCCCGCUGGGGUUCAUCGAGGAGGCCUUCGAGUUCGUGGCCGAGCGGAGCGAUUUCCUCGCGCAUGAGGCGGCGGAGAGGGACGUCGCGGCGGUGUUGAGGGCGGUGAGGGAGAAGCAGAAGCAGAAGCUGAGGCAGAUCGAGAGGGAGAAGGACAGGGAGCGGGAGAGGGCUAAGAAGGCGAAGGCGGCGGCGGCGGCGGCGGCGGCUGCGGCUAAGAAGGUGGAGGAAGAGAAGAAGGUGCAGGAGGUGGAGAUGAAGGAUGCGGAGGAAGAGAAGGAGGAGAAGAGUGGAGCGAUAGUGCCAAACAAAGGCAAUGGCCUUGAUCUUGAGAAUUAUUCCUGGACUCAGACUCUGCAGGAGGUUACCGUCCAUGUUCCAGUUCCUAAGGGUACUAAAGGGAGGUUUGUGGUAUGCGACAUAAAGAAAAACCACUUGAAAGUUGGACUCAAGGGUCAACCUCCUGUCAUAGAAGGGGAGCUUUUCCAGACUGUCAAGCCUGAUGAUUUUCAGUGCCUUUUCAUGAUCUAUUGUUCAGUCUAACCACCUUACAUUUUUUUUACUUAUCAAACUUCAGAGAAAGUAGUAGCACAAGAUGCAAACUCAAAAAGAGUGACUAAUUGCGUUGUCCCUGCUCAUAGGAGGUCAAAAGUAAGGGGUGUGCUCCUGCAAAAUCCUGAAGAUGUAUAGCUAGACGUGGGAAGUUAUCCUUCAAGAUGGUUUACUUUGUUCUGUAAGUACAACAUUAGGUGUCGGAAUCAGGAGCAAGAUGUUACACCCAACCCUUAGGAUAAACGCUUAGUUUUUUAUUUUUAUUUUUGAAGUUAUAAUUUCAAGUCUGUCCAUGUUUGUGAAAUCUAAUUGAGCUGGUACAUAUUCUUGCCUAGAAGGUCUUGCAAUUUAUGGCGUAUGAGUUUCUGCUAA